AUGUCAAAUCUACAGAAAAUAGGAGAAGUAAAAGAUAUUACAAGAAUAGAGAGAAUUGGAGCACAUUCUCAUAUUAGAGGUUUGGGUAUAGAUGAUUCGUUAGAACCGCGUGAAGUAAGUCAGGGUAUGGUUGGUCAGAUCAAUGCUAGAAAGGCAGCUGGUCUGAUCGUUCAGAUGAUCAAAGAGGGUAAGAUUGCCGGACGUGCUGUUCUCAUCGGUGGUGAACCAGGCACUGGUAAGACUGCCAUCGCUAUGGGUAUGGCACAGUCACUCGGCUCGGAGACACCGUUCACCGCUAUCGCUGCGAGUGAGAUCUUCUCGUUGGAGAUGUCCAAGACUGAAGCGUUGACUCAGGCAUUCCGUCGUUCGAUCGGUGUUCGUAUCAAAGAGGAGACAGAGAUAAUCGAGGGUGAAGUCGUCGAUAUCGUAAUCGAGCGAUCGACUACCGGUGCACAGAAAGUCGGUAAACUUACAUUGAAGACAACAUCGAUGGAUGCUCUCUACGACUUGGGUGCCAAGAUGAUCGAUGAGCUCGUCAAGGAGAAGAUCUCGGCUGGCGAUAUCAUUCGUAUCGACAAGGCAAGUGGAAAGGUAACACGUCUCGGUCGUUCAAUCUCGCGUCUACGCGACCACGAGGUGAGUGGCGCCAAAGUCAACUUUAUCGAGUGUCCCGAGGGCGAGAUUCAGAAGCGUAAGAAACAAACACACACCGUGUCGCUACACGAGAUCGACGUUAUCAACUCGCGAGCACAGGGAUUCUUUGCGUUGUUUGCUGGUGACAUCGGUGAGAUCAAGGCGGAGGUGCGUGAGCAGAUCAACCAGAAGGUCGCCGACUGGAAAGAGGAGGGUAAAGCAGAGAUCGUGCCGGGCGUUCUCUUUAUCGACGAGGUUCACAUGUUGGACAUCGAGUGUUUCUCGUUUUUGAAUCGUGCACUCGAGGACGACAUGGCACCAAUCUUGAUUAUGGCUACCAAUCGUGGUAUCACAACGAUUCGUGGCACCUCGUACAAAGCGCCACACGGUAUUCCAGUGGAUCUUUUGGAUCGUUUGUUGAUUAUAAAUACAUCGCCUUACACCGAGAAGGACAUUCACAAGAUUCUCAAGAUCCGUUGCGAGGAGGAAGACGUCGACAUUGCUGACGACGCACUCACCCUGCUCACCAAGAUCGGACUGGAAACAUCACUGCGUUACUCGAUCCACUUGAUCACCUCUGCAUCGCUGGUCGCAGCGAAGCGUAAAGCAACCGAAGUUUCAGUGAGCGACAUCAAGAGAGUUUACGAUUUGUUUGUAGAUGUAAAACGUUCAGUCAAAUAUCUUCAAGAGUAUCAAGAUGAAUUUUUAUACGAAACACCAACACCAGCCAAAUAA